GGAGCCUGCGACCGAGUGGGAGUGGAGUGGGACGGCCGUUGUUGCCGACUCUUUCCUGCUCCCCACGGUCCAGUCAGCCGGGUGAUUAGGCCGUCGGCCCUCGAGCCGAAACUUGUCUCUUAUUUAGUUCUGGGGAACGUCUGGCCGACAUGAGUGAUGUAGAGGAAAACAACUUCGAGGGCAGAGUUAAUGUUCGUGAAGAAAUUGAAGAGUUUUUUCCAAGAAUGUGGAAGAUAAAUCAAGAUAAAAGAAGGCUAAUGAAAAGUAUUAAAGAUCAGAAAAUUAAAAUUGAAUGGGGGAAAAAAUUGAACAGAAGAUUGGUCAGAUAGAAGCACUUGAAUAUUUUUUAAGGCUAUUUUGAAUUGUUUGAAUUGGGGAAGAAUACACGAAGUAUGAAAAAUGAAAAAAUGAAGAAUGAAGAGAAGUAGAAAGCAAGAGUGAAGUAGAAUUAAAAGAAUCUGGAAGAAUGAAUGGGUCCUAGGUUAAGUAAAUGAGUCUCGCUCUCAGUCAAAAUCUCCAACCGGAACUCCUGCUCGUGUAAAAUCGGAGAGCAGGUCAGGAUCUCGUAGUCCAUCAAGAGUUUCCAAACACUCUGAAUCCCAUUCUCGAUCAAGAUCUAAAUCCCGGUCAAGGUCAAGGAGGCAUUCUCACAGACGUUACACUCGAUCCAGAUCCCACUCUCACUCUCAUAGAAGACGCUCUCGAAGUAGAUCAUAUACACCAGAGUACCGGCGGCGAAGGAGCCGAAGUCACUCACCGAUGUCUAACCGGAGAAGGCAUACAGGAAGCAGGGCGAAUCCAGAUCCCAAUACUUGUCUAGGUGUGUUUGGCCUCAGCUUGUAUACAACAGAGAGAGAUCUUCGUGAAGUGUUUUCUCGAUAUGGACCACUGAGUGGUGUCAAUGUGGUUUAUGAUCAGCGAACCGGACGAUCUCGAGGAUUUGCUUUUGUGUAUUUUGAGAGAAUAGAUGACUCAAAAGAGGCUAUGGAAAGGGCAAAUGGAAUGGAGCUGGAUGGUAGAAGAAUUCGUGUGGAUUAUUCUAUCACCAAGAGGGCACAUACACCUACACCAGGCAUCUACAUGGGCAGACCAACUCAUAGUGGUGGUGGCGGGGGUGGAGGUGGAGGUGGUGGAGGCGGUGGCGGCGGCAGACGUCGAGAUUCUUACUAUGACAGAGGAUAUGAUCGUGGGUACGACAGAUAUGAGGACUAUGAUUACCGGUACAGAAGAAGAUCUCCUUCUCCUUAUUAUAGCCGAUACAGAUCACGAUCAAGAUCGCGUUCCUACAGCCCAAGACGCUAUUGAUAACAGAAUGGUUGCAGUUAAGGACUUUUUUCCUUCUAAUUUUUCUUUUUUUUUUUUUCUCUCCCAAUUUCCCCAAGCUUCUCAUCUUUCCUACUCCUUAAAAAAAGUCUUUGAUUUUUUAAUGUAUACAUUUUUGUCAGUUAUAUUGCUAUUUUCCACCCCAUUAUUAUAAUACACUUACAGAUGUAAUUGUCAUUUUUAUUAGUUAAAUAUCCAGUAAAGAAGAAUCCAGUGUUACGCUUUGUAAAUGAUUUUUCCUUGCCUUUAGGGAAGAUUAACUGCUAGCUAAUCAUAUGAGGGAAACCUUUGUGUCACAUAUUGUACUAGACAUUGUAUUGGAGAUCUGCAUUUAUUACAACUCAUUUUUGUUUUGUUUUGUUUUUUUUUUAACAUUGUUUUAGGGAUGAUAGUAACAUAUGAAGUAGUUCAGUCAUGUCCGGUUUGUCUGGGAUGGCAUGGAACAGUCACAUAGUUGAGUGUAGAAAGUUCAGAGCUUUAGAAGAAAACACUUGGACAUUUCUUUUGAAGAAUGUAAUUUUUGAAUUCUAAAAUUAAGUCACUUUUUAGAGAUGAAAAAUUUGUGGAUGCCUUCCAAACAUGUAUUUUAAAUAUAUGUUAAACUUUACAAACUUAAAAUGUGAUUUUUGUGUUAAAAUUAUUGAAGUUUUAGGUAUUCCCUUAAUCAGUGAAGGACAACCCUUAUUUAUUACCUAGAGCAAUUGUAUAAUUUACUGUUAAUGGUAUUGGCACAUUGGUUAAGCAGGCUAUUAUAUAGUAUUAGAGUCCUUGCACGAUACGUGUGGGGGGAAGUAGUCUCCUUUCAAAUAAAAGUUAAUUUCUUUGAAAA